UUCCUAACCCAGAUGGCUGAGGCGGAAGGGGAUCCCAGGGAUCUCGUUAAACUGACACAUGACAAACUCUCUGUGGACACAGUGUCAGACUCUGUCUCCUGCCCUUCCUGUGGAGCCAUCUCCAUCUUCAUAGGGACGACGAGGGACAGUUUCGAAGGGAUGAAAGUGAUACAGCUGGAGUAUGAAGCCUACAUCCCCAUGGCCGAAUCAGAACUCAGGAAGAUAUACACUGACAUCAGGGCAAGAUGGCCGACUGUCAGGCACAUCUGUGUUCAUCAUCGACUGGGGGUGGUGCCUGUGACUGAGGCCAGUGUGAUCAUCGGCAUCUCGUCUCCUCACCGGGGGGACUCUCUGGAGGCAGUGCAGUACUGUAUAGAUACCCUGAAAGCCACCGUGCCCAUAUGGAAGAAGGAGGUGUAUGAAGCUGACGAGUCCUGUUGGAAAGAGAACAAAGAAUGCCAGUGGACAUGCCAGAGUUGACCUCUAACCUUAUCUAGGAGCUGUUUUUAUGCCAAAUAUUAGGUAAUACACACUGUAUCCGUUUUUUAAAGCUGUCCCUAAAUCCAAAAAUAUAGUCAGUCACACCUUUAUGCACGUAAAGUUUUAAUGAAAUAAAAUGUACCAUCAGUAUAUAUACAACACUUUCAAACAUUUGAAUGCUAUAAAAUGUUCAGGAAAGAAGUGGUAUGUACCCAUUGAAAAUAUAUCUGGAAAAAUAACAGUGCAACAUUUUUUCUCGUAAACAUUCUCUAAGAGGGUUUAGUCUUUGCUACUGCGCGUACCUUUACACCCAGCUUCGCUUUUCCCCCAAUCACGAUACAGUAACUUUACAAAUAAACAAAUGAACCAG